AUGGAGAGCCUGGUUCAGACUAUGAAUAUUUCCAAGAUGGCUCUAGAUGACAACUUCACUACCGGCUCCUUCGAGUGUUCGAUUUACGGUUUCAAACAAGUAAUUUAUCCCAUCAUGUACCUCAUUAUCUUCUUCCUGCGUGCUGUUGGAAAUGGCCUCUCCAUAUAUGUUUUCUUCCAGUCUUCGCAGAGGAUCUUAGUGAAUAAAUACAUGAAGAGCUUGGCUAUUUUGGACCUCAUGUUUAUGAGUACUUUGCCCUUUCGGGCUACAUAUUUCCUAUUGGGAUUGCAGUGGAUAUUUGGUAAUAUCAUCUGCAGGAUCAUGACCUACACCUUGUAAGUGAAUAUGUACUGCAGCAUUUAUUUUCUCACCAUGCUCAGCAUAGUUUGUUUCAUAGCCAUCAUCUACCCAUUCAAACAUGGAAAAGUAACCAAAGCAAGAAUAACUUACACAGCCAUGUGGAUCUUCAUGCUGGCAGCCACCAGCCCUCUGUUGAGCAAGGGAGUCGCUGGGUACAGCACCAUAGUCAAAUGCUUGGACCUCUACCCCUUCAAGAGACACAGGUUCUUCAUGAUGAGCAGCUUUGUCCUCAAAGUGGGUUUCAUACUGCUGUUUUGUACAAUUGUUGUCUGCUAUGUCUUUGCAAUCAGAGCCUUGCUCAAGUCCAGGACUGUACAGAGCAAGAGGGUGGUUUAUCACAAGAAGGCACUGUUAACCAUCAUCAUCACUCUCAUCCUCUUCCUCCUCUGUUUCCUGCUGUAUCACAUACUGUGA